AAACCACCUUUUCGUCUUUCUCCACGUAUUCACAGAGUAUCUGUUCUUUCUUCUCUUGCUGCAAUUGCGCGGGGAUUACUGCGCUUGUUUGUAUACGUUCUCAGACAGCUACGUGGCUCGUAGACGAUCAUGGCGCCUCGGAGGAGGUUGACUACCUUUGACGCGUUCUCAAAGACGGUCGAGGACGCGCGGGUGAGGACUACGUCUGGUGGAAUUGUGACGAUUGUGUCGACGGUGGUUAUUAUAUUCCUCGUUAUCUCUGAAUGGAGGGAUUAUCGCAUGAUAUCGAAUCGACCAGAGUUGAUUGUAGACAAGACCAGAGGUGAACGGAUGAAUAUCAAUCUGAAUGUGACGUUCCCCACGAUACCCUGCGACAUGCUCACUCUGGACGUCAUGGACGUCUCCGGCGAGCAACAGACUGAAAUCACUCACGGAAUCAUGAAGACCCGCCUCUCGCCCGAGGGUACCAUCAUCAGCACCGAAUCCCUCGAUCUCCACGCUGCGGGCGCGGCACCUCACCAUCUAGACGACAACUACUGCGGCCCUUGCUACGGUGCUAUUCCCAAGGAGGAAGAAGGCACGAAAUGCUGCAACACCUGCGACGACGUGCGUGAUGCCUACCAGGCCGUAGGCUGGGCGUUUGGCGACGGCAAGGGCGUCGAGCAGUGCGAGCGCGAGCAUUAUCCGGAAAGAGUCGAGGCCGUCAAGCACGAGGGAUGCAACAUUGCCGGCCACUUUAGCGUCAACAAAGUCGUGGGUAACUUCCAUUUUGCGCCGGGAAGAUCGUACACCUCGCCGUCGGUGCAUGUUCACGAUCUGAAUCAGUACACGACCUCCGACGUCGUGCAUACGUUCUCGCACCAGAUCCAUCAUCUCUCGUUUGGUCCCUACCACGACGGGAUCGUAAAUCCGCUUGAUAACACCGUCAAGAAGACAGACGAGCGGAAUUUCAACUACAUGUACUUCGUCAAGGUCGUCUCGACCAGAUUCGAACGCAUCGGACAAGCCCCAGUCGAUACAAACCAGUACUCUGUCACCUCACACGAGCGCCCUAUCCGCGGUGGCCGCGACGAAGACCACAAAAACACAAUGCAUGCGCGUGGCGGUAUCCCAGGUGUCUUCUUCUCGUACGAUAUCUCGCCGAUGAAGGUCAUCAACCACGAGGAGCGGCCAAAGUCGUUUGGAUCGUUUUUGAUUGGUGUCUGUGCGGCAGUCGGUGGGGUUUUGGCGGUCGCAACCGUGGUUGAUCGAGGAGUUUGGGAAGCUGAUAAGGCGUUGAGUAGGAAGAAAACGAUAUAGAGCAGAGAGACAGUGUAAAAGUUGGAGACGUCUAUUUUUUUCUAUUUGGUUUCACGGAACAAAAACAUAAUCAAACUCACCAGAAUCGGUUAAACUGUGCUAGAGAGCUUCCUGAGUUGAGUACAUACUCUACUCGACGGAUAAACAAGCGCGAACGGUUUCUUCGUAGACGCAAGAUACCUCGGCGUGCCCGGAAACCCAACGUGCCAUGAAGAUGGCCAGGCUUCCCCGUAUCGACCGGCUGCUACAGAAAAGCAAAGGGAAAAAUGUGUGGCACACAAAGCUGAAAGAGAGCCGUACUACAGCUGGUGGGAUGCAGUUUGCGUUGCCCAAUUAUAUCCUGAUUGUGCACAGAUUCUAUUAACUCGUACAAUCUACCAAGACUGGGUUACUUUUGCUCUUGCUCUUGCUUUUGCUUCAAAUCUGUUUGCAC